AUGUCGACAAGUUUUACUAACUCCUGUCCUUCGUUCGCUUCCGACUUUGGUGCCCCUCGGCAAUUUCGGGUACCAUUCAUCCAAGGCUCCCCUUCUGCUGUAGCAACUAUUUCCACUCAACUAAUGCACGAUCAUUUGAUACCUUAUAUUCAUCAUGUCACAAAUCCCUCGACCAAUACUGUCGAGUUCCACCCAAAACUUGCCAGGAAGGUAGCGGUAUUAGGUACACCCAAAGCGUACAACGCUGGCGUAUACACAAAGCCUUAUGAUGCCUGGGAAGUUGUGAGGAAAGGUGUUGCAUCGUCAUGCGGCAUCUGCAGCAUCCUAUCAUAUCACACUGAGACCCAACAAAGUCAUAGAGAAACAGUAUUAUCAACGGAUCUGGAAGUUUCCUCCAACGAUGCCCUCGUUGAAUGUACCGCAGGUCAUGUUCUGAAAGGACCAGCACAGUGCAUGACGAGUAUUCAAAGGCCACAGGAGAAAUCUAGAUCCAACCAGGACGCUGACUUCUCCUAUGCCAAUACCGUUUCGACAUAUCAAUGGACCUGUCCAGGAUGUCCCCCAUCAAACUCCCAAAGAUGGAGAGUUCUGGACGACUAUAAGCUUGAUCGUACAAGGUUCUCUGGCGUGUCUGAAUACAACAGUGUCGGACUUUCCAACCCGUCGUCCCUACCCACAUACAAGCCUUCCUUGAUGGGCACCGAUGCUGCCCAAGCCAAAAUCGAAGAACGUAUCAGAGACCUCCAAGUCCCAAGGAUCGAAGAACAAAAUGAUGAGUGUGAUAGUGUUCAAGUCGAGUCGGAGCUGUAA